AUGAGUUACAGUCUGGAUACAAUGUUCGGCACCAGCUCCUACCGCAGGAUACUGGGGGACUCGCCCCGACACGCAUCCCGAUCCGCAGGCUCUUUAGCAAGUAGCGGCUUCCAUUCACAGACAUGGUCCCGGAGCCCUAGCACAAUUACCUCCUACAAACGGGUGGCUCCAACUCUGACUGCCAACUUCAGCUCCCAGAUCACAGCCUCCACCGAGAGCCUGGAAUCCGGGGCCAUAAAUGGAGACAUUAGAUCGCGCAACGAGAAAGAGAUGCUACAGACCUUGAACGAUCGCUUCGCCACUUAUAUCGACAAGGUACGGAACUUAGAGCUUCAAAACAAAAAUCUAGAGGCAGAGGCCGCUUCUCUGAGGCAGCAGCAAGCCGGCAGAUCAGCCAUAGGGGAGCUGUACGAGAGAGAAAUCAAAGACCUGCGCAAUGUACUUGUGCAGAUCAGCAAUGACAAGGCGCAGCUACAGCUGGAGCAGGAACACCUGGAGGAGGACAUCCAGCACAUCAAACAGAGAUACGAGGAUGAAAGCAGGAUGAGAGAAGAGAUCGACGCCAGCAUCAGAGCCCUCAGCAAGUAUAUUGAGGACGCAGGUUUGACAAGGGUAGAUCUGGACAAGAAACUCCGCUACCUUACCGAGGAGGCUUCUUUCAUGAAGGCGAAUCACGACGAUGAAGUUAGAGAUUUGCUGAAUCAGAUCCAGGGCUCACAGGUAACUUUGGAAGUGCGGGAUUCACUGAAGUCCGACAUCACUGCGGCUCUCCGAGAGAUCCGCGCGCAGAUGGAAGGUCAUGCAGUCAAGACCACCAGUCAGACCGAGGAAGUAUUCAAAGUGAAGCUGGAAAGACUGAACCAAGCCGCCAAGGUCAACACGGACGCCAUCCAAGCAGCCCAGGAUGAGAUCUUAGAAUAUCGCAGGCAUCUGCAGUCCAAGAACACCGAACUGGAGACGCUGAAGGGCACAAAAGACUCAUUGGAGAGGCAAAGGCUUGAGAUGGAAGAUAGACACAAUGCGGAUAUUUCCAGCUAUCAGGAUGCGACACAACAACUUGAAAACGAAUUAAGGAAUACAAAAUGGGAAAUGGCUGCACAGCUCAGGGAAUACCAAGACUUGCUCAAUGUUAAAAUGGCCUUGGAUAUUGAAAUUGCGGCUUACAGGAAACUUUUGGAGGGUGAAGAAUCAAGAUUUAUUGGGGCCAGUCCCUAUUCUUCUAUCGAAGGGUAUCAUAAAGGACCCUUAGUGCCAACUCAUAUUAAACCCAAGACUGAUGAAAUAGCCAAACUAACUGACAAAGAGGUGGAAGAAGUGGUUGCAGAAAAAGAAGCGGAUGAAGAAGUAACUACAACAGAAGAAACUAAAGAAUCUGAAGAGGCUGCAGAAGAAGAGGAAGAAGGAAAAGAAGCAAUAGAGGAAGAGGCUGACGAAGCAGAAUCAAAAGACGCUAAAGCCGAAACAGAGAUGGAAGAGAAAGGAAAAGAAGAAGCAGUUAAAGAAAAAGAAGAUGUGAAAAAGGGAGGCAAGGAUCAAGCAGAGAACAAACAAGAGGAACUCGAAAAAGAUCAGAAAAAACUAACAAUAAAGGUGGAAGAUAAAAUACCAGAUGAACCAAAGGAGAAAGAAAGCCCGGAAAAGGAGCCAGAGGCUAAAGAAAGAGAAAAAAAAGGAACAGAGGAACCCUCUGAACCAGACUCCAAAACCAAAGAAUCUGAAGCAGAGUACAAGGAUGAAGAAAAGAAAGACACAAAACCAGAGCUCGAACCGAAAGAAAAAGAAGUGAAGAAAGACAUGAAACCAGAGCCCAAACCGGAAGGGAAAGAGGAAAAGGAAGAUGCAAAACUGGAGCCCAAACCUGAAGAGAAGGAAGUGAAGAAAGAGGCAAAACCAGAGCCCAAACCUGAAGAAAAGGAGGAAAAGAAAGAGGUAAAACCCGAGCCCAAACCUGAAGAGAAGGAGGAAAAGGAAGAGGCAAAACCAGAGCCCAAACCUGAAGAGAAGGAAGUGAAGAAAGAUGCAAAACCAGAGCCCAAACCUGAGGAAAAGAAAGAGGCAAAACCCAAGCCCAAACCUGAAGAGAAGGAGGAAAAGAAAGAGGUAAAACCCGAGCCCAAACCUGAAGAGAAGGAAGUGAAGAAAGAGGCAAAACCAGAACCCAAACCUGAAGAGAAGGAGGAAAAGAAAGAGGUAAAACCCGAGCCCAAACCUGAAGAGAAGGAAGUGAAGAAAGAGGCAAAACCAGAACCCAAACCUGAAGAGAAGGAAGUGAAGAAAGAGGCAAAACCAGAACCCAAACCUGAAGAAAAGGAGGAAAAGAAAGAGGUAAAACCCGAGCCCAAACCUGAAGAGAAAGAAGUGAAGAAAGAGGCAAAACCUGAAGAGAAGGAAGUGAAGAAAGAUGCAAAACCAGAACCCAAACCUGAGGAGAAGGAGGAAAAGAAAGAGGCAAAACCAGAGCCCAAACCUGAAGAGAAGGAAGUGAAGAAAGAGGCAAAACCAGAACCCAAACCUGAAGAGAAAGAAGUGAAGAAAGAGGCAAAACCUGAAGAGAAGGAAGUGAAGAAAGAUGCAAAACCAGAGCCCAAACCUGAAGAGAAGGAAGUGAAGAAAGAUGCAAAAGCAGAGACCAAAGAAGAAACAGGACCAAUAAAAGAAUCAUCAAAAAAGACUACAGAAGUUGAACAAGCUAAACCUGAGUCCACAAAACCAAAGGAGCCUGAAAAAGCAACAGAUGCUAAAGAACAAAUUACAGACCAGAGUAAGGAAAGUGACAAAGAAACAAAAGAUGAGAUGACAGAGACAGCGAAAAAGACAGAAUCACAAAAAUCAGUCCCAGAGUCCACAAAAGAUCAAAAGGAAGAGAAAUCAGAUAAGGAGUCUAUAAAGGAACAAAAACCUGAAGUUAAAGCAGAAACACAAGUUAAAGAUAGCAAAGAGGGAAAAUCAGAAAAAUCUUCCAGCACUAAAGAAGAAGCAAAGAUAACAGACACAACUCAAAAGACAGAAGAAUUAAAAGCAUAAUACAUAUUUAAAGGGGAGAAAAAUCACCAAAGAAAUACUGCAUCAAGGAAUUUAACAAUUACUGUUGGUAAACUGCCAAGAUAA